AUGCCAAAGUUCCCCGUGGCAGAGACGACCAAGAUCGUCGUCUCUGAUGAGGAUCGCGACACAGCAAACUCAGAGUUCAACCUUCAAACCAUCCAAGAGAUCCAGAACAGCUGGGUGGGGGCAAGCGAGACUCUGGUGCGCGCAAACCGCCUGUUCAUCAUGGAGGACAAGCUGCAGAAAGUGUGUCGCAGAACCGUGAAACCGCGCCACUUCUUCCUCUUCAACGACAUCUUGGUUUAUGGCACCGAGGUUGGGCGACGGCGGUACCGCAACCAGCACGUGCUGGCCUUGGCUGACAUCUCCAUCCGCAACCUUGGCGAUGACGAGGGCGAGCAGCCGUUUGGAUUCGAGAUUCUCCACAAGCGCAAGUCGUUCCAGGCGAAGAAGUGCAUGGUGUGCAACAUGACCGAGUUUACGGUGUUGACGCGCCGCCACCACUGCCGCUGCUGCGGAAAAGUUGUUUGUGCUACAUGCUCCCCUCACAAGGCUGUGCUGUACAAGGGCCGGCCUGAGCGCGUGUGCACCGUGUGUUUUGAAGAGAUCCAGGUGUCUGGCGGACCCCCACGGCCCGCAAAGCCCGCAGCCUCCCUGCGCACCGCAACUGUGUCCUCGUCAGUGACGGCCAGGCAGAAGAGGCCGAACGACGACGACGACUCCACAUCGGACUCAAGCGACCUGUCAAGCGAUGAUGAGGCGGCGGAUGACGCGAGCACGCAGGCGGUGCGCAGUUUUGUGACAUCGACGUCCAAGCCAGUGGCAUCACGCCCUGCUCCUGCCCCGCGUAAACCGCUCACAGAGGAGGAGAAGCUCCUGCACACGCUGAGCAACGAGCAACAAAUUGCGGUGAUGAUGAAGGUCAAGGAAGGCAACAUGUCCAUCGAAGAAGCCCUCGCUGAGGCUGGCUUGAUGGCGAAGGCGGCUGCCAUGAAACCGACACCAAAACCGCAGCAGCGAGAGAAGAAGAAUGUCGGUAACAACGACGACGACUCGUACCCAUCAACCAGCGACAGCUCAGAUGACGAAGAAGAAACGCCAAAGCCUUCACGUGCAGCCCCACCGCGUCCGGCCCCAUUCCGGCCUGCCCCGCCCGAGCCUGCGCCAGUCGCCCCCGCGCGGCGCAAGAAGAAGUCCUCGACAACGGAAGCAGAGACAGUAAAACCACAGCCAGCGCCGCAGGCAGCAGCGGAGAAGGGCGACGACACGAAACAGGAGAGAAAACAGGAGCAGCAGCAACAACAACAACAACAACAGGAGCCCCAGCAGCAACAACAACAGGAACGGCAGCAACAGCAACAGCAGGUCGAGGAGGCGGUGAAGCCGACGCCAUCAGCGCGGCGGAAACCACGCAGACAGUUCAAGGCAGACACGCCUGACGAUGCGACAGCGACGACGGCACCCGACACGGCAGCUGAAGCUGAGGCAGAACCACAACCACAGGAGCAGGAACAUCAGCAGCAUCAGCAGCAGCAGCAGCAGCAGCAGCAGCAGCAGCAGCAGGCGGACGGUGGAGCAAAGCCGGUCCCUGCGCGGCGGCGCCGGCGGCCGCAGUUCAAGGCGGAGUCCACCGAAGCGACGCCAGCAGAGACGGAAACUGCUGUCUCAGAACAAGCCAGCGAGCCCGCAGCACCGACUGCCAACGACAAUGAAGAUGACGACCCAGAGUUGGCUGCGGCCCGCCAGCGCCGGCUGGAACGCGAGCAGCGGCGGCAGCAACGAAAACAGCAGGAAGAGCAGGGCCAGACGGGCAACAACGACGAUGUUGCCGAGACGCCCGAAGACGAGCAGCAGGAACAGCAGCAGCAGCAGCAGCAGGAACAGGAACAGGAACAGGAACAAGAACAGCCGCAGGAACAACAGGAACAACAGCAGCAGCAAGUUGCGGCCGAGGAGGGUGCAGUUGCGGAGGCUGAGGCCAGCGUGGAGGCCAUGCAAGUGGGCGAUGCAGCGUCGAGCGCUCGACCAGAGAAGCCGCGCAGGCGCAGGAGGCAGUUCAAGUGA